GUCUUGGUCUUUGCUUCUCCCCCUUAACUUUAUCUUUUUCUAACAUCAUAUCCCAUCUUUCUAUCCUUUCUCUCUUUAUCUCUUGUUCUAAUUAAUUUCACCUUUCUCCACUUUGUUUGCUGAUGUAUACCCUUCAUUCUUUCUAUUCACAAAUUAGCUAAGCUUCCUUAACCAUGGUUUUCUCUUCUCUUCCACUCUACCAUCUUGAUACUCAGAAUUGGCAUCAGCAAUCAAAUGAAGAACACCUAAUAAUCCCAACUCAUCAUGACUCUUCCGGGCAAUUCCCACUACCAGGAGCCCCAUACAAUCAUGGAGGAGGUGGUGGUGAUGGAAAUGGGCCUACAGCCUCCAUCAAGCCCAAUUCCAUGGUGGAUCGGGCUCGUCAAGCCCAAAUCCCUUUACCUGAAGCUGGACUAAAAUGCCCUCGUUGUGAGUCUACUAACACCAAAUUCUGCUACUUCAACAACUACAGUCUCACCCAACCUCGUCACUUCUGCAAGACAUGUAGAAGGUACUGGACUCGAGGUGGGGCCCUUCGGAAUGUUCCGGUUGGUGGUGGAUCCCGUCGUACAACGAAACGCACCAAAGGAAAAAACAUCAACAGCAACAACAGCAGUAAUAACAAUAACAACAACAAUGCGAAUAAUAAUAAUAGUAAUAAUAAUGCAUCAAUAAAUUUAUUUCUUACCCCUAAUAAUCUCCCACAAUUACCAUUCCUACCCUCUUCUUUGCAUCAUUUAAGUAACCCUAACCCUAAUGGAAUAGGUUUGAAUUUAUUAGGUCAUGGAGGGGUAGAAAUGGAAUUUCCUCUUAUGGGUAAUAAUCCUAAUAAUCCUAAUUUUAAUGGGAUGCAAAUGAUCAACCCCUUUGAUCAUAAUUCAAGCCAUGGAAGUUAUGAGAUCUUGGGUGGGAGGUUAAUUCCUAAAUCAUUGGAUCCUCAUCAUGAGAUGAUUGAUCGUGUGGCAUCCGUUAAACUAGAGGAUUCCCAUCAAGGGUUAAGCUUAUCUAAAGAAUUUGCACUUGAUCAUCAUCACUACAAUAGUUGGAACACAUCAAGUACUAAUGUGUGGACUAAUAGUGAUCUUUCAGGGUUCACUUCUCCUUCUUCAAAUAGUCAUCUUUUGGGUUAGUCACCAAAUUCAUUAUCAUCACCGUCCCAAUGAAUCCCAUUUACAGGUAAUUUAAGAUCUGAAUAGAGUGAGAAUGAAGACAGACUAAUACCAUCAUCACAUGAGCAGUCACCACUAAUACUUUUAUUUAAGGAAUUAUACCCAUUGAGGGUAUAACAUAUUAUUAUAAUUAAGGUACUUUUAUUUUAUCCUAUGUGUUGGAUGGAAUAGGAUAUUGAUUAAUUAAUGUACUAGUUCUUAUUAAUUAAUCAUGAGUUUGGGUUUGGUUUCUUUUAUUUGUUGUAUUAAUUAAUUAAAGGGUAUAUUUAUAGGAUUAAGAUGAUUAAGUAGCUAGGUUUCAUCUUAUGUUUGUUGUCAUCAUCUUCUUUAGUUACUAGUGAGGCUUGCAAUGUAGCUAAUAUAGUGAUUACUAUUAUUAUAUAAUACUAAAAAAAA